AUGGCGGCAGCCACGGCGUGCCGUGCCGGGGAUGAUGCAAAAGGAGCUGCAAUGCUUGAGCGGAAGGAGCAGCACAAGGUGGCACUGUUUCGUCCAACACUGAUGGAGAACUCGUACAAUGCCCUUCGUGCUGCCCCUUUGGUGCCUGGAGCACAGCCUCCGCAACCAGAAGGUGAUCAGAAGAGCUGCGUGCCACGGCAACCGCGCUGGCCAAGAAAUUCCUUCAAGGUCACCUCAGCGCCUGCCGCAGCGCUCCGACUGCUCGAGAACCCUCUGCCAGGCGCACCUGUUGGCAUUUGCAGAGCACCUCUGAUCUAUCGCGUUCAGCCGAACGAAGGGGUGGCGUUGGGUUCAGAAAGCUGCUACAUUGCCACAAGCGGCACAGAGGUGGACAGCGUCUCAAGUCCGGCCGACUUCUGGCAGGGAGCAUCUUGGCACCCUCAAGGUCAGCCACAGGUGCAGAUGCCAUGUCUGCGCUUGUCCGAGGUCUUGCCUGGUCGCUCGGCAGGCCGUGACAGCGCUGCCACACGCCCGCCAUCACAUGCUGAGAUGAAGCCGAAGAUCCCAGGUCUUCGACAGCGUUCAGGCAGUGAAAACUCGACAGAAUCUGGAGCCUCCGGUUCCGCUGAGGGCAGUGCAAAGUCCGCAGUGCUUGGAUCACCCGAGCUUCCAAGCAGGGGAUCAGCUCUUCACGCAUGGAGGGCAUGUAAGCCAUGCGCCUUCGUUUUCCAGGAGGGCUGUCAGAACAAAGAGCAGUGCGACUUCUGCCACCUUUGCGAGCCUGGCGAGCGCAAGAGGCGCAAGAAGGAGCGGCGCCUGGCAAAGCGCGAGGACUUGGUCCCCAGCGUCAAGCUUAUUGUGCAUGCAGCCAUGAUCAGCCAUGACUAUAUUGGAGGCUGCUUCGAUCCAGGCAAAAAGUCUGGCAAAGAUGAAGCACCACCGGUUACGAUGCAGGCCAUGCUUGGCGGCAGGGAGGAUGGACUGGAGCUUCUUCAGUCCAUGCUUCCGCACACUCGGAUAAACAUUGCGCCUGGACAAGGUGUGAGUCAGAGCGGGGGUGCAGCUCCUUCGACACCAGGCAUCAGACCUGGUCUGGCGAGGGCGCCGUACAGUGUGCCACCGAACGGCAAUCCAUACGGCUUGGGCCCUGCGCCUGACCUAGCAGCCGACAUGCGGCUGAAUGCGGCCCUAGGAGCAAUAAACCCUCUGCACAGAGGUCUGCACCCGGAGCUUGCAGCCCUGGCCGCGUCGGCGACAAAACCAUCAGCUGCACACGCAGCUGGAGGCUGGGCACCUUCUCUUCGUCAUGCUGGUCAUACGGCAUGUUUGUCUACAGCAGAUGAGUUGCAGGGCUUGCAGCCCCGACCUGGGCCCAUCGACCAUAGGCUUUCGGGCCAGUUGCAACCUGGAGCGACCAACGCAGGCUUCGGAGCCGCGGGUGAAGGAUGCAGUGGUUAUCGGAACCAGAAAGGUGGUCAGGACAGACACAAGGGCAAAGGUCGCUACAAAGGCUAA